GACAGUUUGGAAUUUAUAUUUCAAAUAUUUAUAACUUUUAAAAAUGUCUGUCAGCAACGAGAGAGUUAAUUCUUUAACAUUCGAUUAUUUAACGACUUCGAGGACAGACUACCAAGUAUACGAUUUAAAGCCGACCCCGAAAACAGUGUUCAAAGAUAAUAAGCAUACAAAAACAGUUAACGUAGAAAAGAAAAGGGAAGCUACUAUUAAAUAUACUCAGACUCUAAAAGAAUGGCAAAGCGUACCUUUCGAUUUAUUGAUUGGACCGAAGCCAAUAUUACAAACAAACCCACAUCAUAUACAACCUCCUUUCGAAAAGGCACCUGAUUUGAGAGCUGAUGAGGUCAGAAAAACAAGACCUCGUCUCAUCAUAUCACCUGCUGUCGUCGUGGACGACGUCGAUGACAAGGUAACCCGAAACAUUCUGAUGGAGAGUACUUAUACUUCGGAAUCAAGGAAAGCAUUCCGCUUCAUUCGAGAUCGGCCCGAAGUAAAGGCGCCCUUAUGUGAGAAGUACGCUCCGCCAAGAGUGGUCGACCUUCCGAAGUUAGCGCCACCUACCAUAGCGCCGGAAUGGCGUAUGGACUCCAUGAAAUGGGAAAGAAAACAAUUAAGAAGCCACUGCGAGCCGACAAUGCAUUUUUGGACAAAACGGAGGCAGUAUUUUUAUUUUCGAUUUGAUUUAAUUCAACGUAGUUAUAGUGUUUACAAAAACAUAACAAUGACUACUCGACAGGAAGUUUUAGAUUCUAUGAUAAACGACUAUAAGACUACUAUGGCCAAUGAUUACAGAGAAAGUGCGAUCAAACCGUUCAUAAAAACUGUGUACCAAGAGAAAAAACCUUUUAUCCGAGAGAAAUGGAAAUAUGUUAAAUAUAUUCACACGAUGAGGGAAUGGGAUGGAGAGAGAGCACCUUUUGAUUUUACAAUUCCAAGAAAAGCUAUUUUACGUACAAAUCCACAUCAUAUCCAACCAGCUUAUGGUAAACCAAAAGAUUUAGAAUUGGAGAGUGUCAGAAAAACGAGACCGCGACUCGUCAUGACUCCCGCCAUUAGUAUGGAUGAUAUCGAAGACCAGGAUAAAUGGAACCUGCUUAUGAACAGUUCGUACACAACGCGAAUGACCAUAGAUUACGAACCUGUCACCGAGGUGUCAAAUGUCGUGGCGCCGUUGCUCGGGAAAUAUUCACCGGCAGCUCCGUUAACGAUAUCAAAAUACAAGCCGCCUUACGUAUCUCCGGAAUGGCGCAUGGAGACGACGUCGUGGGACCAGCGGCAGAUCAGGGACUACUGCGACGCCAAUAAAGUAUUCUGGCUCUAUACGAAACCAAAACGAGACAAGACGUAAAAAAUAUAGAUUUUUAACCUAUCUCACCAUAGACAAAUGUUGAUUAACAUAGACUGUGUAAAUGCACUAUGGUUUAACUGUCUUUUAUAAAAAAAAUAUUUUUUUUAUUUAACUUCUAUAUAUGUG